AUGGCGAGACACGUGCUUGUGUCAAGGCGUGAUCAGUUGGCGCUGUGGGUUACCUACCUGAAUAUCGUUUUGUACGCACUGUGCUACCAGCUCCAGAAACCUGUGGAGCCGUUUUUGGUCCAGACUCUCGCCGAGAAUGCCAACGAUGCCGAUGCUGUCGCACGCAAAUACGGAGAACUCCAGUCCUUCUUUUCUGCGAUUCAGACAGUCGGCUCCCCCCUGGUAGGAAUUUUGUUGGACCGUGCUGGUAUCCGAUUUGCGUCAGCUUCUGUCUUUUUCGCAUCGGCACUUUCGUACGCGAUUUUAGCCGUCGCGACCGACAUUAACUUGCUUUUCUAUUCUAAACUUCCAACCGCUUUACAGCACGCGUUUCUCGUGGCGCAAGCAACAGCAGCUACCUCAACUGCUGGUGAUGAUAGCGCUCGUGCCCAGGCCCUGGGAAGGAUGACUACGGCGUACACUAUUGGAGCUACCAUUGGUCCCGUACUGGGCGGAAUUUUGGCAGAUCAUGGUGACCUUUAUAUUGGAGCGAGACUUGCGGUAUUUGGAAGUCUACUUUCCGUCCUUCUUUCUGUAGUCUUCCUUCCUACGGUGGCGAGCUCCAACAACGCUCCAUAUAGGAAAGAAAUUCGGCAACGAUCGUUCUUUGAUGAGGUGCGGCAUUCUUUUAAUAUGGCCACGAGGCCUAUACUGCUACCACUUUUGGCUGUGAAAGUUAUUGCUGGAUUGGCUGUUUCGAUUUACUCCACCGCUCUUCCGAUAUUGCUGACAAGGGAUCUCAAGUUUGAUCCAGCCACUUUGGGUCUGUCCAUGUCCAGCAGUACUUUCGCUGUUGCUGUUUUUGGGGCUGUAGGUAUGGCACCACUGACAUCACAAAUUGGGGCGCCAGGCAUGGCAAAGAUUGGUCUUUUAAUUCGGGCUUUCUUAGGAGCUUUAACAGCGCUUGUCAUUUCUCAAGGGACCCAUGCACGCUUUCCGAUUCCCGUGAAUAUCAUGGCAAUUUCGGUUCUUCAUGGUCUCGCAUCGCAUAUGCUGGCAACGGGUUUAACAACGCAAACCACUGGGGCAGUAGAGCAGGAUGAACAGGGCGCAUUGUUGGGACUCGAGCACGGCUUGUUCAGUUUGGCGCGUGUGGGUGGCCCCGCUCUAGGAACGUCAUUUUUAGCUUCCGGCUCAUCCGGAUUCUGGCCGGUCGCAAACGUCUGUGGUGCCAUCGAUCUUGCCCUUGCUUUGGCUUUAACAUUAACUACUUUGGAACGAAAAUCGAAAGAGAAGGGCCAAUGA